UCAUUGACUUAAUGCAAGAGGAUCUAUCUGGUAAACAGUGAGAUCUAAAAUGACCUUCCUUCCAAAGUGGCUAACCUUUCUGAAAGGCAAAGAGGUGGUUAUUGCUAAUGCUAUAAUUGCAAUACUGACAAUUGGUGGGCAGCAACUCUUCUCUUUCUUUACGUUCAGCUGUCCUUGUCAUGUGGGGCAGAACCUCAUCUAUGGGUUGGCCUUCCUGGGCGUUCCUGCACUGAUUCUUCUGGUUAUUGGCUAUGCUCUGAACAACCAGACCUGGAGGCUGGUUACAGGCAAGAGGUCUCCUCUCCUGACGGAGAGCACAUGGAAUCAGUUAUUGCAGUGCAAGCUGACCUGCUUUGUACUGUGCAGUAUCACUGGGAGAGCACUGGUUGCUCCAGUGACGUGGCUAGCAGUCACUCUGAUAAAUGGCUCCUACUACGUGUGUGCUGUGAGUGAGUAUGUCUCUGUGUAUUACUAUGGAGAUAUUCCUAAUGUGACUAUUAGUGAACGCCAGAGGAUUUUGGCUGCGUUUCCUUGUAGUCAGCUAGUUCCACCAGAGCUGAGCAGGGUGAGAGAUGAAGUGAUCCUCCUGCUCCGGUACCAGUCACAGGUGGCAGGCUGGCUUCUGAUUGCUGUGGUAGUCAUCACUGUCUUCCUGUCUUACUGUCUGGCAAGCUGCUUCUCCCCGCUCAGCUUUCUGCACUUCAGGUACUGGACCAGCUAUGUCCGUAAUGAGCAGGAGCUCUUUGAUGAAGCAACAGACCAGCACUCCAAGCUCUAUGCCAUGAAGCAUGUAAAGAAGUUCUUUGGAUUUGUCCCAGGAAAUGAAAAUAUAAAUGAAAUCCGUAUCCCAUCACUCAGGGAGUGGCAAGCUAUCUCUGGACUGGCCUUCCUAAAAUUAGUGGAUGAGGAGCAUUACGACUACAGCCUCCUCCAUGACUGGGCACUCAAGGACUCAGCAGACAGAAAAUAUCUGAAGCUUGAUGAAGACCCCUGACCAUAACUUAGCUGUGAGGUUCUGAGUCCCUGCCAACACCUUGUGGAAAAAUCAGGAGUGUCUAGCUCUGCUUUAGACCUGAACUGCGAUGGAGCUUUCUAAUACCUUAUUACAUAAAGGACAUGAAUAAGUACUUUGUUAAUGUAGAUCUUCAGAUGCUUAUACACUGCUCCUGAUGGUGUAUGACUCCUGUGAGAUGCAGAGGUCAGAGGCCUCAUCUGACUGGGGUGGGAUGUUUCAAGCUGUAGCUUCACUUUCUAACAAUUCUGUAAAAGAGAUCAGUUUCACUGAGUAAGAAAGCUAUACUCAAAUGCUUUCUCUUCCCUCUUGUUAAAAAACCUUUAAUAGUAGACUCUGAAUGAUUAGAUCCUAUGAGCCUGAUCCACUCUGUAUGAAGUAGAAGAUAUCUAGUUUUGUCUUAAUGACCUCCAGUACAAAUACUUCAUUUUUCCUCUUCCACUUUCUCCUAUGUGGAUAGAACACCUCCUCAACCAAGGCUGAGUACAGAUAAAGUGGUUCGAAAACUUUCAGUGGGCACUUGAUAUUUUUAGCAGAAUUGAGAUGUGCAAGAAGGAGGGAUGAAUCAUAUAGCAGUUAAAAGGGGAGGAGGGGGAAGGAAAGAAAGAAGGGAAGGGGGGGGGGGAAGAAAACAAAAAGGACACUUUACAUGUGGAAACUUGAAUUUGAGCGCUUCCUAAGUGGAAGCAGUAGCAAGGUCAGUUUCCUAUUUUGUGUCUGACUUUACAAGUAAGCUGACCUACUACGUGGGGAAAUAUCCUUCUGAAGUCAAAUUUGCUUUGCCUUUGAAAAUGUUAAAAUUCUGUCAUACUAUUGUGCCCACAGUUAUUGCUGUCAUCGUUUCUCCCUGAAUUGGCAUGCGGCCUGUGGACUGUGUGCUAUCUACCUAUAGGUUAGGACAUAGGAUGCAACCUACUGGGGAUUUGUUUUUUGUUUUUUGUUAUUUUAUUUAAAAACAACAACAAAAGAACAGUCUUAAAAUAGAAAAAUACAUGUAGCACUUUCCCUUACAAAGUACAGGAGUUGAGAGCAUGCUAAGUAGCAGGUCUUGUUUAAGUGUGUUUGCUCUUCCUUUGAGGAACUUCUAAACAUGGACUUGAAAAAGCUGAAUAUGCUGAGUAACUGGAAUAAUGCAUAUAUCACUGAAAAUUUUACAAAUAUCACGUUUCACUUGAAUCCUAAAGUUUCUAUUAUACUGCAUGGUAUGUAUGAUCAGCUUAGGAAGCAAAGCAUCUGUUAGGGAAUACAAUCUCUAAUUUCACUUUAAAUUCAUUGGUGUUUGGUUUUGGUUUGUGGAUUUUUUUUUUUUUUGAAGAUGGAACACUAUGCACAAUCUGGAAAAUGUACAGCUGCUUUGUGUAUCUGAAAGUUUCUCCUCCCUCUCUGAUUGGAGUAACAAAAGCUAGCUGCUACCUGUUGUGAUUUUUCUUCUACUUUGUACCUUGUUUUACAGUGCCACUAUGAAAUGAUGCAGAAUUUGAAAAAAGAGAAAGUGAGCUGUUAACCUUUCUUACUUGUAGUGAAACUGUAAUUUUAAAAUGAAUCUUUUUAAAAUGAAUCUAGCUUUGUCUCAAUUGAUGUUUUUCCUUUGUUUUUUAGAGUUUAUUUAAAAAAAAUCUGAAUAACAAACCUUAGCUGUCAUUGUGAAUUUAGCCUGCUAAUAUGCAUAGCAUUGUCUUGUUGGGAUAUGCUAAUCCAUAGCAUUAAAUACAGCUAUAGUAUUAUGA